AUGGUUAUUCAAGAACACGGAAAUCUUAGUAACUAUGUAUUAUUGAAGGGAGAAACUAAAGGUGCAAUUGAAAUAAGGGAUUUUUUAACAAAAGAUAUUAUUUAUAUAAAGAAACGAUAUAAGUUACUUGACCCAGUGUCUAAAGCCGAAUUAGCCGAAGUACAAGGAAAGAGAUCAAACGCAAAAUUAAAACAAAUUAUUUUAUAUCAACCAGAUGAUAUUAUAGAUUUAAAGGAUAGUGGAGUGUUAACCUUCGAAUACAGAUUCUAUUGGGAAGACGAAAAAUAUUUAUGGAAAAGAAGAAAUAUAGGGUUUAGUAAAGAAUUAGAAUGUAAAUUGGUUCAUGGAGAUGAUCCAGGUAUAGGAGUAUGUAUUUUCAAACAAGAAAGUAAAACUUUAGGUUGUUUAACAAUUAUGUAUUAUAAUAUGGAAAGAAUACCUGUACGUGAUAAGAAAGGGUUAGAAUAUUUGUUGGUUAUGACGUUAUUAUCUUUUCUGGAUAAAUGGGAUGAUGAUAAUAUUUCUAAACCAAAAAAUGAAUUUAUACUUGGGGAAGAAUCAAAUGGUGAUUUGGUAGAAUUACUUGAAGAUAGAAAGAAAAAGAAACCUGAUAAAAAGAGUGAAAAAUUAAUCAUACAAUUAGCCGAAGAAGAAGCUGACAUGCAAGAACAAUUACGUAAAUUAAAAGAACAAGAAAAGAGAGAUGAAGAAUUUGCCAGACAACUACAUGAAGAAGAAUUAAGAUCUACGAAUCCUAAUUAUAAUGAAAAUGAAAACGUAACAUCUGAUCAUAAUAACUCAACUUCAAAUGAUUCACAUGAUAAUUCUCGAUUAAAUUCCAUGAAGCCCACUACUAGUUUUGCAAAUGAAUCAACGGGAUAUAACAAAACGCCAACUUUGAACGAAUCAAAUUCAACAACAGAUUCCAACAAGGAAAAAACACUUCCACCACCACCAGCUUCUUCAUCAUCUAUAUCAUCGUCAAUAACUGCAUCAUCCACAAACAUUUACUCAUCCACAAAUGUAACAACACCAUCACCUUCUUCCGAACGAGAAGAAUAUUACAGAACACGUCCCCCACCUUCUCCACCUUCCGCUGUUAUACCUCCAAAACUUCCUCCAAGAGUUCCUUCCUAUUAUUCAGAUAACUCCAAUUCACUUCCUACUACAACUCUACCUCCUUCACCACUUCCUCCAUCACCUUUUCCUCCAGGAGUUCCUUCCUAUUAUCCAAAUAAUUCCAAUUCUUAUCCUUCACCACUUGCUCAAGGAGUUCCAUCCUAUUAUUCGGACAAUUCUUCUACUUCAUUUCCUCCUAAUUCAUAUCCCCCUCCUUCUUGGAAUUCAACUUAUCCUAAUGCUGCUUAUACAAAAACGGAGAAUAAUCAUAAUCCUUAUGUUAUGCCAACGCCCUCAAUACCCACAUUUUCUAGUCAAUAUCCUCUUAAUAAUUAUAAUAGUGGUGUAACUUCACAUACUGGUCCUACUGGUGGUGCCGUGAAUUAUGGUACGGCCGAUUCUCAAUCUAUUAAUUAUUAUCCAAAUCCCCCAAAUCCACCGGUUUCUGGACCUACUCCUUAUUAUCCUCCUCAAUUUGGGAAUGCUAAUGAUAAUAGAUAUAGUGGGUACAAUACGGGAUUCAAUGGAUAUAAUAAUGGAUAUAAUAAUGGGUACGGUGGUGGAUUUAACCAGUAG